CCGGGUUCCGCCGGUAACACCCGUUUCCCCCGUUCUCCGGUGAGUCACUGUCCUAAUAAAUCUAGCAUCCAGGGAACCAUCGGCAGGAGGGCGGCCCCAGUUGCACGAACGCACGCACCCACCCCACGCACGCGGGCGGGUGAAAUCUAGGACGGAAUCCGUUCCAGUCCCCGUCGAUCACGCCCCGAGAGGCGGAAGAGCUUUCGUGGCGAGGAAUCCGCCGGAGGCUCCCCGAUUUGUAUGUCCGGGGCUCGCUGGAAUCGGAAUGCACUGGUGCCCCGGAAUCGGGCCGCGGGCGCGCUCCUUCCUGCGUGACUACGACGCGCUCCAGUCCCUCGCCCUCGCCCUCAUAUACCUCCAGAUUGGUUGUGCGCUGAUUGGAUCGCUUGGUGCGCUGUUCAAUGGGGUUCUUGUGAUAAACCUUGUGAUAGGGCUAUUUGCUGUUGUUGCGAUUGAAAGUAGUAGCCAAAGACUUGGCCGGACUUAUGCUGUCCUGCUCUUCUUUGCUAUCGUCCUUGACGUUGCAUGGUUUAUACUCUUCUCACAUGCUAUAUGGAAUAGUACCCCUGAUGAGAAGUAUGGUCAACUUUUUGUCUUCUCACUCAGACUUGCAUUGUGGAUGCAAACUAUUGGGUUUUCAGUGAGGUUUUUGUCUUCAUUUAUAUGGAUCCAGAUGUACAGGUUAGGGGUCUCAUCAAGCACGCCAACAUAUUAUGAAGCAAAUGAUGCAAGAAAUAGUUUCUUGAGCCCCAGAUCUAAUUCAGUUAGACGGGGUUCAAUGGCUGAUGAUAUAUUGGGUGGUUCAAUUUACGAUCCUUCUUACUACUCUUCUCUCUUCGAAGAUGUUCGAAAUAAUGCAUGCAAUCAUCAGAAAACUCGCAGCGCCAUGCAGUCCGGUACCUCCUCGUGCACCAGCGGUUUUUGCUAUGGCGUCUGCAUGUCCAUGUCGCGGCAAUGGAAGCACUACGUCGGGGCAACGCCUCCCUGCGAGCUCGCUCACACGCCACUCAAACUCGCCGUUGUCGCGCAAGGAGUUGAGCACGACAAGCCCGCCCACGAGCUUCUUGUUAAGGAAGAUCUGGGGCAUGUGGGUGGCGUUGCCGACCUUAGACGUGAGACUGGCAUUGCGCUUCGGGAACAUGCCGAGGGUGAUAAACAAAGUGGUAGUAAUGAUAGCGGGUCAACAUCUGCAGGCCAAUCUCCACGGCUUAAAUCUUUUGGUAGUAGAUCUUUUCUUUCCAAUGAUGUGGAGGCUGGACUAAGAAAGCCGCUGAACUCUUGCUCAGUGGAGACAAGUUGAAGACGGAACUUAUUUUUGCCAACCUGACUACCCGAGCACUCUUUGUUUGGUCCUCCUUGAGCCAGUAACUCUUGAUUUAACAUAGAGAUUUGUACAGUGCAAAUGUUCAUGCCUCGGAACAGCGGCUCCCCAGUAAAUCAAGAGCAGCAAGAUAGUACAACGAUGAUGGCCUGUGUUGCUACGCAAUUCUUGAGCUUGUGCAGGAGUUUCGGUGCCAAUCUGGCAGCUCUUUUUUGCCUGGAGUACACUUUGAGUUGGAUUGUUUCACAGGGGCAGACGCUGACUAGUUGGCAACAUGUGGAAUACUGCUAGUAUUUUGCUGCCCAGUAUGGUCCAUUUUCCAGACGUGUAUGGCCUGUUUCUCUUGGUUGUCACGGAAAUGAGGCUGAUAGUUGCCUACUCCGCUAUAGUUAAAUCGGCCAUCCCCAACCGGAUCGUUCGGUUGGUGUUGUCAACAUCA